AUGGCUCGUCGUCCUGCUCGUUGCUACCGAUACUGCAAGAACAAGCCGUUCCCCAAGUCCCGGUUCAACCGUGGUGUACCCGACCCCAAGAUCAAGAUCUUCGAUCUGGGCCGCAAGCGUGCCAAUGUCGACGACUUCCCCCUGUGCAUUCACCUUGUCUCCAACGAGUAUGAGCAGCUGAGCUCUGAGGCCCUCGAGGCCGCCCGUAUCUGCGCCAACAAGUACCUCGUCAAGCACAGCGGCAAGGAAGGUUUCCACCUGCGUGUCCGCGCCCACCCCUUCCACGUCGUCCGUAUCAACAAGAUGUUGUCUUGCGCUGGUGCCGAUAGAUUGCAGACCGGUAUGCGUGGUGCCUGGGGCAAGCCCAACGGCACUGUUGCCCGUGUCAACAUUGGUCAGAUCAUCAUGAGCGUCCGCACUCGUGACUCCAACCGUCACCUCGCUCUUGAGGCUCUGCGACGAUCGCAGUACAAGUUCCCAGGUCGCCAGAAGAUUAUUAUCUCCAAGAACUGGGGCUUCACCCCCCUUCGCCGCGACGAGUACCUCGAGCGCAAGGCUGCUGGCCGUGUCAAGGUCGAUGGUGCUUACGUUCAGUUCCUUAGCAACCGCGGUUCUUUGGAGGACAACAUGCGCCGCUUCCCCGACGCUUUCACCGCUUAA